AAAAUCUUUUUCCACGUCCGUUCCGUACGAAAUGAAAUGUGUCUGCCGAGUGAAGAAAAUUAAUUUUUUUCUUGAAAUAGUGCACUAAUCCCGGUCACAGAAUAAGGCGUAUCUUCCCUAUAUAGCCAUUACAUAAAUAUAGUGUGCGAAGUUGCUGCGAGAAACAAUCGAAUGAAAUAGAACAAAACUCCUAGCAUUAUGGAUAGCACUAAUGGAGCCCACAUGCAUCAGAACCCAACAACGAUAGUUCCUUCCGAUCAUGUAUCACCCUCACAUCCGACAAGAAAGCAAAAGCGACUUGGUCCCGCGCCGAUUGCAUCAGUUGAGGAUACGACAAAUGAAGAUAAGAAUAGAAUGGAAGGUGCAGGCCAGAGUCACAAGUCCCGUUGGUACAGCGCUAAGGAGUGUGAAUCGCCCAAGAGGCAGUCGCCACCAAGUGCAGUCGGCAGUACAAGUGCGCUAGCUCCUUCAACACCGCGGAUCGACAUUAGCAGAGCCUCAUCCCAUUCAUCCCACCACGACAGCAGAGACAGCAGUCCAGAGAAUGUGUUUGAUCAGGUUGGCACUGGCACAUUGCAGGAUUCCGGUGUCCUUGGAUACAGAGAAGAGGGAACAAUGGACUUAAGAAGCUCUACCGAAGAGCUACAGUUUAUGGAACCAGAGAAAGGACGAACCGAAAAAGAGAAGCCUCAAGCACCGCGUUACUCGCCAGUUAUGUUCAAAUUUGAAGAACAACAAUCAAUUUCGCUCCAUCAUCAACGUAAGGAUUCUGCAAGCUCGGAAGUUGCUGCGUUUUUGUGUAUUUCCGGUCGUACUAGCCGUAUCUCUAGCGUUGGAAGUCAGGGAUCAGCAAACAGUAAAUUAUCUGCCGUGUCCGGAGUAUCUGGUAUAUCUCGUUCACCUUCUCCUCAUCGUAUGCUGCUGGAAACAUCAUUCUGCGGUCCCAAGCCAUUGCAUGGUAUUACCGACGGAAGCAUUCCCAGCAGUAUUGAGCCAUCGACUGCCAAAAUGCUCGAACAAGUGAUCCUGUCGCGGAAAAAGGAUCCUACAGAGGCCGUAUUAGCUGAGGGAGUCAACAUGGAUGCCACAUUUAGCGCGACAAAAAGCAGUAAUUUGCCAGAAGUGGAGCUGACACGACGGAAGUCAGACAGCAAUGCAAAUAUAUCUCGCAAAGAAGAGAUGAUUCAACCACCGCAAACCAGUCGAAGUAUUUCAAACAAACGAUAUAUUCCCCCAACUGAUUUAGAUAAGCCGAUAGUAGGUGUGAUGCCAAGUGGAACUGAAUAUAUAAGAAUUAAACUAAAGCCAGACCACUGCUAUAGCGACAAUGGAAUAGCUGAUAAUGAAAGAAUAAUGGAGGAGGAUCAGAAGAAGCCCCGUUCGUUGAACCUUGAAAGCUCACAAGACAAAAGGGACGGGUCUUCUCGUCCUGCAACAAGCGUUAGCCCGAAGCCCACUCGCCAUGCCAAAUUAUCACGAGAGAAUGGAAGUCGAUCGCCGUCUCCCGCGAAUACUACAUUUUCAAGAAAAAGUUCCUUCUGCUCUAUAUUCAAACUGAAAGAUUCUGCUAGUCCAGAUUCUCCAGGUGGUAGUCACAUGCGCAAGAAAAGUGGUUCGAACAUUUCACAUGAAUUCAGAGAACGGUCUCGUAGUAAAAGUAGGGAAAGGGACACGGCUUCGUUAAAUACAACUCCUAGUAAACAGAAGUCUGUGCUAGCCAUCUUCAAACCGAAGAAAAAUGGUACAAAAUCGAAAUCUCCUUCGCCUAUCGAUGCGAACCCACAUGGUACACUAUCCAAUGUAGCUAAUGUUGAAUUUAAGUUCAAAAAUGAUUCUGAAUCUGUUGCAAACUCACGCUCUCACUUAAGAUACUACGAUACACCGUUAGAUGGUAAAAGUAUUCACAUCCCCUUGCACACCCCGCCAGAAGAAAAGCAAUUGAAACCAUUGGUAUCUACUAAUCCAGCGCCGCCUUUAAAGCUAGAACCGGAGAUAAUUCCUGAUAAAGUAUCUCCUUCGACCCAAUCUGUGAAGCUAAGCAAUAAUUGUAUCGUUACUAUUCAUAAUAGACCUAAGCCAAUGCCACCUUUGAAGUGUUACCGAAUAGAAAACCCAGACGGUACCAUAACAAUUCCUUUAAAAUCUCCAACCGAGGAGAAGGAACGUGAUAGUUUGUGGAGCAUGGAAGUACAGCGCAACAGUUCGCAAGAUAGUCAAGACACGGUAAUUUCAGCUGCUCCACACCAACCUAGCAAUACGUUACCAACCAAUACAGCAAAUGCCUUACCUUUAGCCAGCCAAUCCAACCAGAAUGGUGUUGCCCCUAGUCCUAAGUCCAACGAAAACGAAGCCGUUGUUUUGGCAGUCACUGCAGUGAACAUUGAAUGUGAAGAAACGAAACAAGCCGUAGCGAUUGCUAACAUGUCCGCUAAGGAGAGAAAACAACUAUUGUUUUCAAUGAAAGUGGGUUCUGGAAGUCAGGAACAAACGUUUACAACCCAAUUCAGCAUUUCAAAAACUGAAAGUCAGUGCAGUCAACUUUCAGAAGCUGUUCAGAACGAAUCAUUCAAUGGAGAUCCGACGGUAAAAAGAGAACUAGCUGCAUCUGAAACACCACCCGUUGUUUACCGUAACAAACAAAUAGAUAGUGUUAAGAGGCGAAGUCCAAAGGAGCGAUUUAGUAGAUCAGACAGCACAUCCGGAGAAUCCAUAGAUUUUCAUCGUCAUUCUCGUUACAUAGAAAACCCAGAGGAAAUUCUCUGCCAGCAGCAGAGAUCAGAUAUGGCCAAGCGCAAAAAUGAGCUGAAUCCCACAGUAAGUGAGGAAUCCUCAGUAUCUCAGGACACCAGUCGAGACGAUAGCACCGUUAAGAUGUCCUUGCAGAAUAAAAAUGCUCUGAACGUACCGGACAGAAAGUCGACUGCUUCCAAUGACGAACAAGGUCUGUCCUCGGAGAGCGAAAAAGAUUCGGAAGUGGAUUCCACGAAUACAAGCAAGCACAUGCACCCCAAUAUGCUGGCAAUUGAGGACCAUGAAAGUGCGGGGCUAGUUUUGCAAGAAUCCUUCGACGACGAACUGCCGUACAUACCGACAACAUUACCGGAGGAACGAUCCGUCGGCGUCAAAUUGGUACCGAUGAAAGAACGGGCGCAAAUGGAAAUGAAAACAUGUCCACUAGAAAGGCCUAGAUCUACAACACCAAUCCACCCUGCCUCACUGGAAAAUUAUUGUGGUAUAACACAAAUAGCAGAUGAUUCCGAAGGACAUUUAGUUCGAGGUGAAAAACUAAGAAUAAGCUUACCGAAAAAACAUGACAUGACAAUGGAGAAAGCUCCUAAAACAAGAUCCCCACGUAAAGCGUCUGUUUCAUCGGGCAAAAAUUGGUUCGAGUUUGCUGAACAGGGAAUCAGCAGUACCAGUCAGGCACAAGCAUCCAGCAACGGCGAAGAGAGAAUAUACGCCAAUCAAGCAUCAAAUGUAGAAGAGGAUCCGCCUCCUCUGCCACCCCGCAAGGGCUCAACGCAGCAAUGGAUCGAUUUCGAUAACAUUCCUGAGAAAAGGAAACCACCUAAGCGAAUAACUACUAUACCACAAGCGGAAUCAAUGGACGAGAAGGCAGCAAUGUCUGGGGUCGUGUACAACUAUGUGAAACCAGAAGAAUGCCAAUGUGAGUGCCAUGAAAGUGAACGGGAAGGAGGGAAACAGACACAAUCGGUGCACGAUCAUGAACAUGAGAUCGAAGACGAGCAACCGUUGCUACAGCAAGACUUGUUGGACGAAUCCUCGAUAAGGUAA